UGUGAGUGUGAUGUGUUGUGAGUGUGAUCGACAAUCAUGAGAAUAGCACAAACUUCUGGCCAGAAGUAAAAGAGUUUUGUUUUCAAUGUGGAGUUUGUCAGCUGUUUGAGGCAAACCAGACAGUCCGCUUUGAACAAGUGAAAGGCCUCAGCAGGGCGAAUGUAAUCCUCAUGCUCCUAACUUACUUUGGGCGCUUCAAUGCCUUCAUCUAAUCAAGUCACAAGCCCACCUGGGAGGAUUACAGCUAUCUGGGUGUUGCAAGUAGCUAGUAUUCCACCACAGUUUCGGGAAAGAAAGGCUUUGCACCUGUGCCAUUUAGUUUCUAGCUAUGGCCUUCUUUGACGAUCCAGAAUGGAUGUUGCUGCAUAUACGGCACUGCAGUGUUGUGGCGGAUGACACUGGCAUGUCAGAGCUAGUGAUAACAAAUGAUAGUCGCGCCGAACACGAUGUGAGAAUGAAUACACGCACUCUCGGCAGUAGCAUUGUUACUACCGGCGAGCAAGUCGCUGCUGCGGCUGCAGCGCAAGCACAGGCUGAGUUUGACGCUGAUGUUCCACAGACACCUGCCAUCCAGUACCAGCCGACCGUCAAGCACACUGAUCGGAACAAAAAGGGCAAGGCGCAGAUCAAGACCAUCAAGUGGAAAGAUGUGCCCACUCCUCCGCUUGGAGAGGAGUCUCCGUUUGUGAAGAAAGACGUUGCGUCCCAGCAGGCUAAAAAGAAACGGAAAUCGCUGUUGUCUAUGCAGAUGGAGUCAGUCACCAAGGUGCCAUCGAAUCCUUUCCAUCACUUUGCGAAAUGCGACGGCGAGCUCCACCGUGGUGCCAUCCCAACGCAUAGUGUAGAGAUUCACAUUCCAAUGUGCACGAAUCGUACAUCUCCUAUUCCUAUAACUGUGUUAGCAUCAUGUACAGUCCGUGAUGCAAUCGGCUUCAUCAUGUACAAGUACACUAGAGAAAGUCGAAAGCCUCUACUAAGGGAGGAUCUAAAAGCCUAUUGCUUGCGAAUAUACGAAGAUGGUGAAAUUGACAUGGAAUUUCCACCGCUGGACUUGAAAGAGAACCUGGUGAAGUUUGACUUCGGUAUGCUAGCGUUCACCGAAGCCAACUACCAGGCGGCAGCAAAGAAACCGACCCACGUGGUGACAGUGCAAAUGCCAGGCAGCGGCUUCUCUCGAAUCCAGGUGGAGAGCUCUGAGAUUCUCAUGAAGGACCUUCUGUCUCGAAUUCUGAAGAAACGGAGAAUUUUCAGGACAGGCCAUGAAUAUGUCCUGGAGCGACAAGGGCGGCCUGGCAAGCCGGUGAACGCGGAUGCAACUCUGGCGAGUAUGCGGACGUUUGAGUUCUGCUUGGUCAAGGAGAACAGCCUGCAAGUACGGGACUCGGGAAGCUCACCGCAGAAAGAGGCCGUUGAUGAGACCCUGACCAGUCACAUCUACCAGACGUAUCAAGUAACGCUCUUGCAUCGUCUUCGCGCCAACACCGAUGUUCAGCUCGGUAUCUCUGGCAAGCGGCUGGAAGUCGACCCGGUGACUAGAAGAUCGGCAUUGUUCUCUUCCAAGGAAAAGCCGUUGUCCUAUGACAUGGCAUCCAUUGUUUACUGUGAGCUACAAGAGGAGAAGGGCAAUGGCCGAGCCACGUUCAAAGUUCUGCAUGACACCGGCAACGACUUCAAAACACACGAGUUUGAAGCGGACACGGAUAUUGCAAAGGAAAUUGUUCGGAAGGUAACGUUUAUACUGGAGUCCAGCAUGAGAACAGAACGCCACAGGGAAGUAAUCGAAAGCCAGAAGACCAAAAAGAAAGUUGCCACUGGCUAGUUGAGAGUGGAGCUCCAUUGGCUCACCAAAGAUGUCUCUGUGCAUGUGCACCGCAAUGAAGAGUUUUCUUGCUCUUGGAUGCCCCCUAGCUCUGCCGCAUUCAAUCACCAACCGUGGAAGAUUAGCGGCCGAUUUUGUAGCCAAACCUCCCUAUGACCUUGUGAUCCCAUGUACUGGAGUAUUGUCAAUACCAAGAUGAUCUUAGCAGGCAAUGCAGAAGCUACCCUGAAUCGCACAGCCAACUAAUGUGGCUGUGUGCAGGAACAUGCUUCUGUAGACAAGUCAAAUUAGCCCUGUCUUGUCGCUGUCCAUUUCCCCCAAUUGUGUAGAUGUGUUCAGUAGGUUUAGUGGUGGGUUGGAAUAUUGCUGAUCGUGCCUUGAGCUUGUCAACCCAGUGCUCACGUAUUUUACUUUCACAUAUUUCUGUCACCGUUUCUGUGUGUGGACUUGUAGGACAACGCGUAUGCCUUUUCUCGCAGGUCAGUUAUUCUACUCCUCCCUACCUUCCCCUCCUCCCCCCUCCCCCCCCUCUCUCUCUCUCUCUCUCUCUCUCUUCUCUCUCUCUCUCUCUCUCUCUCUCUCUCUCUCUCUCUCUCUCUCUCUCUCUCUCUCUCUCUCUCUCUCUCUCUCUCUCUCUCUCUGCCAUUAUGGAUUUAGGCAUUUUCUUCCCUUGACUGACCACUGCAUACUGUGAACAGAGUUUUAACAGUUUAACCCCCAGCAGCUGUUUAUGCUUUUUUCCGGUCUCGUCCUCUUUGCAUCCUUCGGAAGCUCAGCCUUUCAAGUGUGGUUACGUGUAGAUAGGAAUGGUAGGCAUUGACAGCAACGCUUCCUCCUCCCCUCCCCCCCCCCCCCCCUUCCCUUCCCUGACCCAUUCCAAUGUCUUGGUGUUGUUUUACACAUGACUGUGUUCCUUUUAUUCUUUUUCUUCCUUUGUUUGAUCUAUGUGUGCUGCACCGCCCCCUUGCUGCUGAAUAUGAUGUGGCAUGUAUAUGUCUGUCUCUGUUGCUUUCUUGAUUCUCGAGGCACCCCCAUUUUUUGACUAUCACAGAAAUCAUAUUCGUCCCUAUCGCAUCAAUGUGUACAUGUACCUGACCGCAUCACUACUUUGAAGUACUUGAACGGAUUCAUCAUGCUGUUUCCCUGAAAGAGCAAACAUUGG